CAUAUUAAGCAUACUAUCCCUGGAGCUAAGGAUAGCAAGGUCAUUGUUUCUGGAGGCUCAUAUGGUGGCUUUCUGACCACGGUACUUAAGAUGAAUCAUCCUGAAGUGUUUUUUGGAGCCAUACCGUACGCUCCGCCUCUCCGAUCGAUUGGAGCAAACUACCAGAACCCGAGGCGAUACGACUGGUUCAAUUGGGUCUACUGGGAUUUGUCUGCAGCGGCGGCUACCAAGAUGAGGGAUGCUUUCACUUUGCUGGCAAAACGUUUCCAAAACUUGGGCGAGGUAGAAGACAUUGCGAAAGAUCUCAAUCUCUGCACCGUCUCAAAGACAGCAGCAGACCUUCAAUUGGUAAUGGGAGUUAUUGCUACCAACGCCCAACUGAUCCCUUUGCUCAGUUACAGCAGCCCAGACGCAAACCCUUACGGUGCUACUCCCGAAAAAAUGGUCAACAUAUCGCUCAGUGCAAAGAACCCAAUCGACAUUGUUAACGCAACUCUGACCUUGAGAAACCCGCCUAAUCUAGUUCCUUGCAUCUCCUGGGAUUCAGAUGACUCUUCGGAAGCAUCUCUUCAGAAAGCUCCUUUUAACUAUCUUCUAUGCAAAUACUUCCCCUUGAGCAGUAAUGAGAUUCUCGAUGGAAAUAUCUACCCCCCGACAUCUGUUCAAACGGAAUCGGAUCCUAUGACCUGCGAGACAUUAUAUAAGAUUGUUCCCCCAACCCAAGCGGAAGUUGAGGCAAAGUGGCACAUUUCUACAGCAGACCUGAUUCAAGCGCCUCGUAUCAUAUUUGCCUAUGCAGAGAACGAUCCUACUACUGGUGUCGGUAUCCAUCCGUUUCCUCCUUCGCCGGACCGCAACGCGUCCAGAUGGAUGAUCACUAGCCAGGCUGCGCAUGGCGAGGAGUCUAUUGCGUCUUUUUCGGGCGAUAAACCAAGCGUUGUCCAUGCGAGACGAGUACAGUUGGAGACGAUCAAGGAGUGGCUUGGACUUUACUGA